AGGGUCAAACAGCUGGCUUGGAUUGAUCCAUCAUUUACCAAAAAUAGCGAGCUAUAAUAGCUUCAUCUUUGCACCUCGGCUCCCAGAUCGACAACGACCGGGACCACGGUAAUGACAGCCGAUCUCCUUGACCGCCAGUGUCUUGGCCCUCAUUCACCUCGGCGCGAAGGUUUACCAGCUUUGCGAUGACUACGGCGAUGUGGUCAAGGAGAGCGAACAAGAUUGUAAGAAACUGGGAUAUGAGAUUAGGGCUUUCGACCAACAGCUGAAGGAAAUUCAAAGCCUUGCGAAACAAGGCGAUGUGAACAAUCCGCAAUACCCUAAGCUACUUGAACGGACGAGAGGAAAAAGUUUGAAAGAUUAUACAGCAGCCCUGGAAAUGCUUGUGGCCAAAUUAAAGGUUCCGGGAUGGAGGAAAUCAUCGCGGAAGGUGCUUUGGCCUUUUCGCAAACCGAAAAUAGAGCGCUGCCUGGGUUUGGUGGAAGAUUAGAGAUCGAAACUGCAUCUUUUGCUAACCAUAGCGACAAUGUAGGUUAUCCAUUUUUCCAUCGCUGAGAAUCUUCUCCGCCUCAGUUUCGUUUUUGUAGCAUGACCAACCAGUUGUUCAGGAAAACGGUAACUAAGGUGUUGCGAAAACUAAACGGUACAUGGUCACCUUAUCCCUAACCCUGACAAUUUUUCUCUUUACUAAUACCAGAUAUCACUAACCCCUAGAGAAGGAACUCCGAGAAGCACAGAGGUGGCUCAACAUUGUCGAUCCAGCCUCUAAUUACUCAUCGCCACUGGCUGUUCGUGAACCGGGUACUGGAGGUUGGCUGCUCGAGGGACCAGAGUCCAUGGAUUGGAAGGAAGACAGAGGGGGGGUUCCCUGGCUCCAUGGUAUAUGUAUGUCUAGAGACGAGUGCAACAUUAUGCUCCGAAGAAUGUCACUAAUAUUUGUGUCCUCUAGCCGGAUGUGGCAAGAGUGUACUGGGGUGCGAACAUAACCGGGUAUCCAGAGGUGCAAUAUGACUUCUUUAAUGCUAACUUACUCUUUAGCGCUACGGCUAUUGAAGAUGUCCAACAUCUGUGCAACGCGAACGAUGAUUAUGCAUUAGCUUAUUUUCACUCCACCUUCAGCGACUCCGAGAAGCAGGAAUUGCACAAUAUGCUCCUAUCCCUUAUUAGCCAACUUCCAAAAAUGCCCUCGGAUCGGGGUUUGCCGGGUGGGGUUGUAGAUCUCUACAAUAGCACCAAGGCAAUUGGAAUGCCGGCGGGUAUCACAGCUCCGGAGGAUCUGCUGUCGCAUAUUGUAAACUGUUUCAGGAAGUCAUUUGUUGUUCUCGAUGCCUUGGAUGAAUUCCCCAAAAACACACGAGAGAGUCUCCUAUCUUGGAUUGGUGAGCUUACCGCUGAUCAUAAGGUUGGCUCACUCUCGGUUCUCGUCACGAGCCGUCCGGAGGCCGAUAUGGUGCGAUCACUAGGACUACUAGCCGCUUUUCCAAUACCGCUACAAUCUAAAAUUGUCGAUCAGGAUAUUCGGACAUAUGUCCAGAAAUCUCUGGGCGGCAAGGAUGGCUUCAAGAAAUUUACGAAAGAAAUAAAGAAUUAGAUAGAGGACACAAUAGUUUCUCAUUCGCAGGGAAUGUAUGUUAUGCUCUGCUAUGCAGAUUUUGAUUCAUGCUGAUACAAGGGUGGGGGUGUUGAGGUUCCGAUGGGUAGAUAGUCUUCUGCAAAUCCUACAGGAAUCCAUAACACCAGGAGAGGUGAGAACUGCCUCGGGAGACCUUGCUAAAGACUUGGAUUCUGUCUACUUGCGGAUCCUGGAAAGCAUCCACGAGAAGCAGCGGGAAUAUAUUCGGCGAGCGAUGCAUUGGCUCGCAUUUUCCGCAGAACCCUUGACGUUAGACCAGCUUGCGGAGGCCGUCGUGAUCCAAUCCCCCCAGGAAAACAGGUGAUUACGACUGGCACAUUUCUCGGUAAAGGAAUAUUUGAUCUCCGGCCGGGCAGCUCAGGGCCCUAGUGCCUACUAUCAUAUUCUGGAGGAAAAAGCCAAUUUAUUAAUAGGGCACGCUUGCCUUAGUCGAAUACUGCAACAUAGUACACAAAGGGCUAUACAGUGGAAAAAAGUUGCGGAAACAUCAUUUCUCUACCAUAGUGCUCACUAUUGGUUUGUAUAUACCCGAUUUAAUGAGGAUACGGUACCCACACCACUCUCCGAGGCGGCAGUGAAGGUUCUCAAGCUUGGCAAGGUCUGGUUAGAUGUAUAUAAUCCCGACGACUCUUACUACAGCUCUAGGAUUUACCCACUAGCAAUUUACUAUUCCUCAUUGUUAAAUUUAGUGAUGGCCUGUAAAUUCCUAGUCAAUAGAAAAGCAGAUACAGUAAA